AUAUAUGUAGGUCACUCACAAAGGCCCCGGGAUACACACUUGAGACCAAAAGGAAAACCAGUGACUUGGCGGAGUUUAGGUCAUUGGUUAAUAUGCAUGACUAAAUGCAUGACGCUUAGACGCACGUAAUCAUCUUCUUUUUUGAAGUAACCUCUGUAUCAUAUAAGAUAAAAUAAGAAGAAAAGAAAAUCCGCUGGUUAUAUGCUUGCUCUGGAUGUGGCAAAAUAUGUAGUUCACAGUUGUAGCUGCUUAGCCGCGGGACAUAGUCAUAAGUCUACUGCAUUCCUCAUUAAUCUUUGGACUCGAAGACAAGCCUUAUUAAUAAUAUUUUUUUAAAUGAGGUAAUUUAUUUUUAGAAAUGAACAUAUGAUGAUGGUACUGAGCUUAGUUUUUUUUUUCUUCCUGUUAUCACAUGACUUUGUUAUUGAAAAUGGCCGAUUAUUUUGUUUACCAGUUGUGGAACUAUGGUGAGACUAGAUUCUAUAUCUACAGAUUCUAGAUCCCUACCUACAUACAUCUAGAUUUAGAUCUAGACUUAUUCUAGAUGUAGAUGUAGCUGAAUCUCUCACUUAGUCACUAAUACUCUGACUCAGUCACUGAUACUAUCAAUCUGAUUCUGAGACUGAAUGAGAUGACUGAGACUGAGAGUGAGUGACAGAGACAGAGUGAGAGUCACGAUCGAGUGACUGAGAGUGAGAGUCUCUUCUCUCAGACUGAGCUCUGCAAUCAACUCAAUCAACUGAUUCUUAGGACUUAGUCUUAAUGUUUCACUCUUUCAGGUUCUGAGUAAAUAUAGAUCUAAUUAUAUUAUUUAUAUUUUUUUGACUUUCAUUCUUACUGUAACAUAUGAUACACAAUAUGGACACAAGCAACGUACCCUCUGAGUCUGAGCCUGAAGAAUCAGAUUCACAGGACAACAUGGAAGCCAUUUUAGGUAAAAAAUAUAAAAGAGCUUAUUGGAGGAAUCUGUCAGCAUUUUGGAUUUUUGGUCUGUGUAACAACUUUGCAUAUGUAGUAAUGUUGAGUGCUGCCCAUGAUAUUUUGAAAGAGGAAAAGAAUCCUACCACUAAUACAAGUUCUCAAACCACGACAGAGGCUCCCAUUGCUUCAAAUAAAACCUAUUUGGAAUGUAACGAAGUUAGCACUGGAGCUAUUUUAUUGGCUGAUAUAUUACCAACACUGAUAGUGAAGCUUACAUUUCCAUUAUUCUUAGAAAAAAUACCCUACAGUGUUAAGAUAACGGUUAUUUCUGGAUUUGCUCUGAGUAGUUUUCUAAUCGUUGCACUUGCACAUGAAAUUUGGCUAAGUAUAAUUGGCGUUGUAUGUGCUAGUAUUGGAGCUGGCCUCGGGGAAAUCACAUUCUUAGGCUUGACUACAUUCUAUAAUAGAAAUGUUGUUUCUAUGUGGUCAUCAGGGACUGGGGGUGCCGGAGUAUUUGGCGCUUUAGUGUAUGCUGGCUUUACUAGUGCUGGACUUUCACCAAGGACCUCCUUGCUAAUAAUGAUAGUGGUUCCAGUUCUUAUGAUGAUAUCUUAUUUUUUUGUACUCACUAAGCCGCAGAGAAAGACAAAAAUAGUUGAUGACUCUUCUUUAUUGCUGGAGGAAGAUGAUCGUAAAACAUAUUCACUCACUAUCAAGCAAAAACUUCUGCUCAUUCCAGCUUUAUUUAAAUACAUGAUUCCAUUAACACUUGUUUACUUUGGAGAAUAUUUCAUCAAUCAGGGCCUCCAUGAGUUACUGUACUUUAAUGGACAAUGGCUGUCUAAAAGUGAACAGUACAGAUGGUACCAGGUGGACUACCAAAUCGGUGUGUUCAUCUCAAGGUCAUCUGUUAAUCUGAUUCACAUCAAGAAGCUUUGGAUUCUACCCGUGUUACAGUUUGCUAACUUGAUUUUGUUACUGUGUCAAGUAUUUUACAGAUUUAUUCCCAACAUAUGGAUUGUGUUUGUCAUUGUGCUGUGGGAAGGGCUUCUUGGUGGUGCCGCCUAUGUGAACACUUUCUUUAGACUCACCAAUGAAAUACCAGCAGAAAAGAAAGAAUAUUGUAUUGGAGUCACUGCUUUAGGAGACUCAAUAGGUAUUGCUGUGGCAGGGGCAGUCGCUAUUCCUUCACAUAAUGCCAUUUGCAAUUUACAAAUAACAAUGUAGAUGAUUUAAGGAAAACAAAAAAAAAUUAUUGUCAAUUUUUUACAAGAUGAUCAUCAUUAUACUAUUAUGACUGAUUCGUAAGGAAAAAAAAAGUAUAAUAUUAUUAUAUAUAUAUACACUUUCUUUAUUUAUCACAUGUGUUUAUGGAGAUAUUGGUUCUUUUAAGACUGACUACAAUAUUUAAUAAUAAUAAUGUGGCUGAUGCUCGUAUUAGCUUUGUGAUGAUCACAUGCUCAUAAUAGUGCAAGGUAGUGUUCAUAAAAUGCUUGCUUAACUGCUGUUCAAGGGUGUUGUAUUUGCUUGUAAACUUCUUUUUGAUUAAAAAGAAAAAAGUUGAUCUGCUUUAUUUUUAAACACUAUCGGUGUUUACCUUCUGUACUUUUUUUUGUCAUCAUUUGUAUUUUAAUGAAGCAUUAAAAUUGGAAACCUGUUUGAAGGAUAAUGUCAGCUGUUAGUAUCUAUGUAUAAAAUAUUAGACUAAGUAUUCUUUGUGCUCAAAAAGUUGUUUGCUUUAUCUAUUAUUAUUAUUUUUUAAAUUAGUGUAGCACAUCUUUAAUGCUUACAGUAUGCUCUGUGCGCUAUAGGACAAUGUCUUUUGUGGACCUGUCGGGAGGGAUUUGUAUCUAGGAAAAAGGUUUCUGCACUUCCUUUAGGCGCUCAGCAAACACAACUCAGUUCAACUCAGGUUUUGAACUCUAGCCCCCUAGAUGGGUAGCCAAGUGGUUAAUGCCUCUCAGCUACACAAAUGGAAGUACAACAUCAUGAAUAUUUAAAUAUUUUUUUUCUUCUAAUUGUCUGUUAGUUCAUCACAUUUCUUAAAUUAUCUUUCCAUUCGUUAACCUAAUUGUAGGAGAGGAAUGAAAGAAAAUAGAAUCUUGAGUUUUGAAAAGAACUGGAACACAAAAUUGUGUGUCCGCAUAUUUUAGCAGUGAUGUUUCUCUUUCAAUGGGUCAUUAUCUAGUCAAGGUGUUUGUCUGGGCCCUUGAUAAGAAAUGUUUGUAAGUCUGACAGAGAAAACAAAAAUGGUUCCCAUUAAUGUUUCUAUGAACUAAACCUAUCACAUUGUGGACUCAAAACAAAAGGCUUGCUUUUUUCUCUUUUAAUCUACUUAGUUCUAUUUGUAAACUUUUUCUUAUAAAAACCUUUCCAUUAGAUAAAGCAUAAGAUGUGGAGUUUUGCCCAGACACUCUACCUUUUUUUUUCAUGUUACUAAAAUUAUAUCCAUUAUCAACUUUGACAUUCAUACUGGUACUAUGUGUAUUAAACAGAUUUGUAUACUGACAUCUAGAUGUUGAUGGCAGAAUUGUAAUUUGAAAUGUCAUCAAUCUGAUUUUGUUCAUUGUAUCUAAACAUUUACCUAAACAGCUAGAACUAUUAAAUCUCUUGGAAAUAUUUUAAGAUGUUGAAAUGUCUUUUAAAGUAUUGGUAUCAGCAAUUGUACAUCCCCUAAUUUAAAAAAAAUUAUUUUACUUACAGUGAGACCAUGACUAUGAGUAUUUUGAGCAGUUUAAAUGUUUAAAAUAAAAAAAAAUAAAUUUUAAAUUGACUAAAAAGAAAACUGAAAUAGAUAAAGUAUUUGAUGUAUUUGAUUUCGCUGCAUUUAAUUUAAAAUAUUCCUGACUAAAUGCAUGACGCGUAGGACAUAAUCAUCUUCUUUUUUAAAGUAACGUCUGUAUCAUAUAAGAUAAGAUAAGAAAUAUUAGAAAUAUUAUUAAUAUUUGAUGACCUUCCAGAAUGUUUUUUUCUUCACAGAAACAUUAUUUAUAAUAUACAGGGUGUUCCAAAAGUAGAUGGACAGUAAAUAAUAACAUUUAUUUCAAAAUAUAACUAUGAUUAUAUUUACUAACUUAUUUUUUAUGUUCAUAAUUAACUUUUAUUGCUAACAAUAAUACAAAAGCCCUUCAAAUUUGUAAACACUGGAGUUUAAAUUGUUUUUCAUCAAAAUUUACACAACCUUGAAGUCUGCCUCAUACUCUUUGACAAACAUUUUAGCAUAUGUCUCUUUGGAUAUUGAUUUCUUGAAAUGUAUCUUUAUGCUUUUUUUUUUCAAAUCACUGACACCUUUUUUUUUUUUCAAAUCACUGACACCUUUCUUUUUUUUCAAAUCACUGACACCUUUUUUUUUUUCAAAUCACUGACACCUUUCUUUUUUUUCAAAUCACUGACACCUUUCUUUUUUUUCAAAUCACUGACACCUUUUUUUGUUUUUUUUUACUUUUAACAUUGUCCUUGAGUGAGCCUAAAAAAAUCUUUUAAGAUCAAGUAUGGCCAAUAGUUAUAAUAAAAAGAAUAUAGCUGAUGUGUAGCCCUACUUUACAUACUCUCCACCUACUUUUAGAUCAUCUAAUAAUAAACUUUAUUGAAGUCUCAUGUAUGUUGCAUAUUUUAAUUUUUGUCUUUUAUUUUAAUAACAUGAAAGUAUGGAGGUGGUCCCAAAGUUUUUGUUUCAUUACAAUUUUACUAGACAAAGUUGUUGAUAAUAUAUAUUUCUUAGGGGCUCUAAGUUAUAGCUUGUGUUGCCUAGAGGUAAAUCUGGCCCUGAUUGUAAGCGUUAAUAAACAUUGAUGAAUAUA